UUUAUUUUGCUUCAAAAAAGAAAGUUCUUUUGAUCUAUAUGAAACUAUUUUUACAAACAACUGGAGAGAAGUGGAAAAACCGUAUACAAUUGCUGUGUGGUUGUUGCUUGCAAGCAUUGCUAAAAUUGUGUUUCAUAUCUCCAAAAAGAUUUCCGACAUCUUCCCAGAUUCUUCAUUGCUGAUCAUUAUUGGUCUAGUACUUGGGGUUGGCCUAAAACUCUAUCAUGUUGACGAUCAUUUGUUCACCCUUGAAUCUACUGCAUUCUUUCUGUAUCUGUUACCUCCGAUCAUAUUUGAUGCUGGUUAUUUUAUGCCAAAUCGUGCACUCUUUGAGAAUUUUGGUUCAAUAUUGGUGUUCGCUGUUAUUGGAACAAUUUGGAACACAUUGGCAAUCGGUGCAUCUUUGUACGCACUUGGUGAAUUUGGUCUGUUCUCGGUACAAUUCUCAAUUUUUGAGAUCUUUCUUUUUUCGGCGUUGAUUAGUGCUGUCGAUCCGGUAGCCGUUAUUGCAGUGUUUGAAGAGAUUCAUGUCAAUGAGUUGUUGUUUAUUACAGUUUUUGGAGAAUCAUUAUUCAACGAUGGUAUUAGUGUGGUACUUUAUAAUGUGUUCAAAAAAUUUACGUUAAUUGGAGCUGAUAAACUGAUUGUUACGGACUAUGUAGCUUGUGGUGCAAGUUUUUUUGUUAUUGGUUUAGGCGGUGCAGCAAUCGGUUUGAUUUAUGCAUUUGUCGUCAGCUUUAUCACCAAGUACACAGAGAAAGUAAAAGUUUUAAACCCAAUAUUUAUUUUUGUUAUUCCAUAUAUUGCCUACUUAAGUGCAGAAAUGUUUGGCUUAUCAUCAAUAAUGGCUAUUGUUGCCUGUGGUAUGGCCAUGAAGCAGUAUGUCAAAGGAAAUAUAUCGCAUACAGCAAUAACAUCAGUAAAAUACUUUACAAAAAUGUUAGCACAAAUCUGUGAAACGGUUAUAUUUAUGUUUUUGGGGUUAUCCACCAUUUCCAGUCAUCAUCACUGGGAUUUUGCAUUUAUCGCUUUGACAAUAAUUUUUUGCAUGAUAUACCGUUCCAUUGGUGUAAUAAUUCAAUGUGCAAUAUUGAACCGUUUUCGUAAACGACAGUUUUCUGCUGUCGAUCAGUUCGUCAUGGCAUACGGUGGCCUUCGAGGUGCAAUCGCAUUUGGUUUAGUGGUUUCAAUGCCAGAGCAAAUUCAAGCAAAAAGCAUGUUUACCACUGCCUGUAUCGCUGUCAUUUACUUCACCGUAUUUUUGCAGGGGAUGUCAAUACGACCUUUGGUCAAUUUUUUGAAAAUUGAGCGAGAAGACUUGGAGGGUCCGACGAUGAUCCAAAGUGUUUAUAUGAAGUAUUUUGACUACACUAUGGCUGGAGUAGAAGAUAUAGCUGGGCAGAAGGGACAUAAUUCGAUUAGAGAUACCUUUGAGAGGUUAAAUGCAACUAUAUUACGACCGUUAUUAAUGCGUGACGAGAAGCGAAGAGGAUUUGAUGCCUCUAAAAUCGUUCGUGCUUACAUGAAGAUUACACUCAAAGAAGCUAUGCAAGCGGCUAACAGUGGAAAACUUUUUUUGGACCAUGAAGAAUUACCUCAGAAAACUUCUUUAUUGGACAGAAAGCUCAGAGAACUGAGAGCAAGUGGAUCGGAAGUUGAAGAAGACGGUAGUGACAUUGAGGAUGACUAUAUGAGAGAAAUCAUUGGUUCUGGUCACGGUCACGGAUCAACCAGCAAUAUUACCGAGGUCAGUUAUGAAUUCAUUCCCGUCGGUGAUCCACUAAAU